UGCAGUAUACUUUUUUUUGUCUCCCCAGCCACGGUCACACUCGCAACCAGAAAGCUCGCGGAAAAAUUCGUAAGAAAGCGGAAAAAUACUAUUCGCUGCGAUUUCAACAGGCGGAAGAAAAACGCGACCUUGCCUACCCCAUUAUUACAUAACUGAGAACCCAUUGAGGAGAUCCACUACGAGAUGGCCAACAAAGUAUUGCGAAAGGUGACGCACUGCAUCUUUGACAUGGACGGUUUGCUGCUGGACACGGAGCGGAUAUACGAGGAGGUCACCCGGCAAAUAGCCGCUUCCUUCGGCCGUCCCUAUCCGGAGGCCGUGCGAUUCCGGGUCAUGGGCACCACGGAGCAGCGCUCGGCGGAGAUCGCUAUCACCGAGUGCCAGCUGCCCAUCUCGCCGAAAGACUUCCUCAAGCGAUACUCCCAACUGUGCCACGAGCGGCUCCACAAUGUUCCUCUGUUGGAAGGUGCUGAGCGCCUGCUGCGUCACUUGCACGCCAGCAAGGUGCCGUUCUGUCUGGCCACCAGUUCCGGCGCCGACAUGGUCGAGCUGAAGACCAACGAACACCGGGAGCUGUUCGGCCUGUUCAACCACAAGGUGUGCGGGUCCACGGAUAAGGAGGUGGCAAACGGAAAGCCUGCGCCCGACAUUUUCCUGGUGGCCGCCAGCAGAUUUGGAGUGCCUCCAGCAGCCUCCGACUGCCUGGUCUUCGAGGACUCUCCGAACGGCGUGACGGCAGCGAAUAGCGCCGGAAUGCAGGUGGUCAUGGUGCCGGAUCCACGGCUGUCCCAGGAGAGGACCUCCCAUGCCACACAGGUGCUGCGGUCCCUGGAGGACUUCAAGCCAGAGCAGUUCGGACUGCCCCCGUUCACGGAUUGAGCAGGAUCUUAAUGGCCGAUGUACUUUUUGUAGCCGGGCGACGCUAUAAUUGAAAAUUGAUGUACCUACCAAGCAAACGAUUUUAAGUGUAAAGUGUUACUUAAUAUACACGCAUUUGUGUACGUA